AUGCACAUCUGAAAGGUGCCAUCGAGAUGAAAGAUGGCUUCCCAACAAGUUGUUUUUGCCGAAAAAAUGAGCUGGUCUUGUCAUACUUUCUCACAAGUCAAGUGUCACAUCUGCCAAAAAACAGGAGGACUCGGUCACGCAACACAUCAGAGCAUCGUGAUCUUUCCAUCCUUCCUCAACUGGGGAUCUUGCUGACUCGGGAACGCUCUUCUUUUUUCCGCACAGAAAGAGGAAGGUUCUCUGCUGGGCCCAUGUUGCUGAUCAUAAACCGCUCCAUCAUGCGCGUCUGUCAAUUUACCUCAAGUCGCCUGGUUUGUUCAGCUGCGCCGCAUGCUCCAUACGCCAGAGGCCGUUUUCGCAGAGUGUCAAGACGAAACAGAACGAUUUAUGCCGCUGGGUAAUCGGGAGGUCUAUUUGGUUCAAGACCACGACUCGACUUGCUCGCUGCGUCACCCAAAGUGGCCGCCCCCACUCCAAUGUCGAAGGGGGUUUCCGACCCGGUUCGCGCUCUGCUCCAGGUCCAGACUGGAUACGACUGAUCAGGUGUAUCUACGCCCACUCUUCCAUUCAAGUUGCGAAGUCUGCAGAAAUCCCCCACCAUCCACCGCCCCGGAUAUCGAUCCCCUCUCCACCUUGAUGAGAAGUAGCCAGCUCUUUCUUUGGGCGCUGCCACGGAUCCAGAAUGAUUGAUUCUCAUCCCUCUGUCCUGUCCAAGCGCACCAUCCCCAGCAGCUUGUCGCGGCCCGACUCGCAACAUGCUUGGCGACGCCGUCGAAGCCGAAGGAGCCAAGCGGGAUGGCAGCUUCUUCAUUGUGUCCGGGACCGAGGGCUACGUGGAUCGCAUGAAGACACUAACGGCUUAUAUCAUCGAGUCGCCGGGAACGUAUGGUGGCGCGUCGUGGUUCGUCUGCGCCGGAGCCUAUUGGAUGUUGACGAGACUGAAUGUGACUUGCGAACUCGAUCGAUUCGGUUUUCCAUGGCGAGGUUCGGGAACAACAUGCCAUGCUGGUGCAGACUUUCGAGGAUGUCUUCGACGGGGAGGGUUGCUCGCGAAUGGGUCUGAUUCAAUUCGAUCUCAUCGGCGGCACGGAAAUCAUCGACGCCCUCAGAUCCCACUUCGCUGAGCGCGACCAGAGUGACGCCACGCUCAAAACCACAGUUCGACGAUCUCCGGCCCCGCUGGUCGCAUGUUGGCGUCCGGUGCCGACGCCAUCUUCACCACGACCAUAUCUGGUCUGUAUCCAUUCUCCGCCAAUCAAACAGGAUCGUGCGGGUGGCCAUGGAAUGGUGCCUCGAUCUUCAUCUCUCGCUUUUGGAGACGUGCGGUACUACGAUGAACUCAAUCGACUGUGCCCGAGUCACGGCUCUCACCUGGGAGCCAGAGAGGAGCGCGCGCUGGCCGAUUGGUGGAUGGACAUUGUCUAAAUCAUGACGAAUCCCCUCGCCCCGAGAGAAAUGAACGCCGGGAUCCCAAAAAUCCCACAGAGGGGUCACGGCCGUCGAGUCUGAGCAAAGCACGCGCCAAUUCUGAACGCAACGGAUCCAGGAGUCAAGCUCUCCAAGCCGGGACAUGGAGCGCUGUGUUCAGGCCAAGCUCGUGCUCGCUGACGACUGCUCCUGGAGGACUUCCGACUGCCCGAGAUGUAAUCUGGACACGCUUUCCUCAACGCAAGUCGGUUUGGUUCUGCGAACAAUCAUUCAUUCUAUAGUGCUAGAGUAAUGCUAUGGACUCACGUCGAGAAAGUCGCUGAAUGAGUACGUCGUCGAAAUACACAUGUAUGGACCAUCUCGAAAUCUGAGUUCUGAACUCCACGAUACUCUUCCGGGAUGCCUAACUCCACAUGGGCGUAGAAAGGUUCUUAGAAAAUUG